AUGCCUAAAAUUACUUUCUCUGAAAGCAAUAAAGGCAAGCGUAUACUUAUCUGUAAUGGUUUUAUGUAUCAAGGUGAAGUACUGGCGGUACGAAAAGGUGAUCACUCAAGCCAUUUAUCUUCACCAGAACACAUUGAACUUCUUAAAUUUAAAUCAAAUGUAAAACAACGUAUAAUUGCAGAAGCUACACCAAUUAGCCGUAUUUACGACGAGGAACUAGCCAAAGCUCAAUUAAGUCAAACUGCUCUAAGUAUAGUUUCAUCAGCUCAAGAUGCAAAGUCAUCACUAAAUCGAAUUCGUCGUCGUGAAACUCCUGUUCUACCAAAAUCAUGCCAUUUCGAUAUUCCUACUCUUUUUGCUCAAACACUCAACGGCGAACGCUUCCUACUUUAUGAUAAAAUGCGACGAAAUAAAAGAAUCGUUAUAUUUGCUACUGAUGAUCAACUGCGUAUACUUUUUAAAGCAAAACGCAUAUUAAUGUAUGACGCAUUUUCAUCAUGCCCACCAUUCCUCGAUCAAAUAUACACACUUCAUGCUAUUAAAUACGAACAGAGUUUUCCAUAUGCCUUCGCACUUCUUACUGGUCGUCCUGGUUCGGUCUACAAAGAAUUGUUUAAACAACUAGAAGAAGAGGCCGAGCGCCUUCAAAUGCAGUUUUUACCUAAUCAAAUUACGACGGAUUCUGAACAGGCUCUUGUGAAACAAUUACGAGAAUAG